AUGGCGACGAGAGCCUCAAAUGUCAUCCGGCGGUCAUUGCUCUAUGUCCCGGCCUCGUCUCAGAAGAUGCUGGCGAAGUCACUGGGACUCAAAUCAGACAAUGUCACCUAUGACCUGGAGGAUUCUGUGGCUCCUCUGAUGAAGUCCACCGCCAGAGACCAAUUGAAGGCGCACAUAGGCUCCCUGUCUCAGCGCCCAGCCGGGAUCAGCGAGCUGGCAGUGCGCAUCAACGCUGUGUCAACUCCCUUUGCACUCGAGGAUCUCUCAACCCUCGCCCCGUCUUCCGGAGUUGAUGCCGUCGUGGUUCCCAAGGUGGAAUCCGCAGCUGAUUUGACCUUUGUCACUGACGUUUUGCGACAUGUUGCUCCUGAGCGCCACUCAUCGGGAUCCAGCAAUCCGAUCAAGAUCAUUGCUCUGAUUGAAUCUGCCAAGGCCAUUAUGGAUCUCUCGUCAAUCACUCGCGCAUCUCCAUAUCUAGACGGCCUAGUUUUUGCUGCUGAGGACUUCGCUCUUGAUCUCUCAAUCACUCGGACUCCUUCUCUCACCGAAUUUCUCUAUGCCAGGUCGGCCAUUGUCACUGCUGCAAGAGCUGCCAAUCUCCCCAGCGCCAUUGAUCUAGUGUGUACAUCUUUCCGUGGAGAAGAAGGCAUCAGGCAGCUUGAGGAAGAGUGUAAAGGGGGUAGGUCUAUGGGGUUCAAUGGAAAGCAAUGUAUCCACCCAAGCCAAGUCGAAACUGUUCAGUCUCUCUUCAGUCCCGAGCAGGCUGAGGUCGAAUGGGCUGUGAGGGUAUCAAUUGCCGACGAAAAGGCCCGACAAUCCGGCCGUGGAGCAUGGACUCUCGAUGGGAAGAUGAUCGAUGCCCCCGUGGUUGGCAAGGCAAAUUCGAUCGUAGCUAAAGCGGAGCAGUGUGGCUUCAACAUGGAGGAACUAAAAACGAAAUGGAAAAACCAAGAACCAGAGUGA